AUGCAUGAUUCAAACUCCUCACCCUCCCCCCAGGCCAGCUUUCGCCUUGCCGAUGGCCUUGGAUACGCCCUGCAACAGAGCCACCGCUCUGUUAUCCGCCUAAACUUGCAACACUUCCUCUGGCGUGAAGUCUUUGGCUUCCACAUCCAUCCCUCGGUUCAAUUUCCAUCUUCAGGCAGUUCUACCGACCCCCCUUCUCAUCCUGCCAUUGCCGACAUCGCUACAGGUACUGCUUUGUGGUUGAUUGACGUAUCCCGCGACUUUCCUAAAAGCCGGCUGGAUGGACUAGAUAUCGAUCUUACUCAAGCUCCUCACCCUGGCUGGCUACCAUCCAAUAUUACCCUACGACAUUGGGACCUAUUUGCGGGCAUACCCGCGAGUCUUGAGUGUCAGUAUGAGCUCGUACACGUCCGACUUCUCGUUUUGGUGUUGUCGGGGGUGGACCCAAUGCCUGUAAUCCGGCACCUAUUCCAGUUGGUAAAACCUGGAGGCUACAUCCAAUGGGAUGAGCUGGACUGUGUGAAUAUGCAGAUCAAGAAGGUGAGCCCGUCUGUGCAGGCGCCUGCGCUGGAGGAAAUCUGCGUUGCCUCCUAUGCCAAUGGGCGGCAUGAUUGGGGCUUCCAGGAUGCGAAACUAGACUACUACGAUGAGGGGCCAGAGUUGGUCCGGGCAUUCAAUGACCAACAUUUGUUGACCAUGGAGGAGUUUGCGUCUAAGCUGAUGGGAAAUGGUCAGGUCGAGGCUGCUGCGAGUUUUUUCAAACUCAUUGAGGCUGGGUACCAGGAGUGUGUCGACGGGGCUGCAUUGUCCAUCCCGCGGGUGGUGGUGGUGGCGAAGCGUCCCGGCUUGGCUUGAAUUGACUGCUAGACAAAGGAUUUAAAUCCCGUUGCCGUUUCUGGAUGGUACAGUUCGCAUCAGGCCGCAUUGAAGAUCCCCUGCACCGUUCUUUGUUUCAUUUAGUUUCAUUAGUACGCCUUUAUCGGUACGUGUCCUACCAUCUACCCUGCUCAGUACAGGGUUCGGGCUUUGGUCGUGAUAAGUCCACCUAGUUGGU